AUGCCUCAAGGUAGUUCUGCCGCUCCUGGGUGGUUCUUUAAGGUCGUCAACGAAGUCAUCAAAAACCUUCGCGGUGUCGCUUCCUUCUUGGACGACUUGAUUGUUUUUGAUGAGAACCCCACUGCUUAUGUAGCAACCAUUUGCUCUCUUUUCGACAUAUUGCGUUUGCACAACUUGAAAUUGACGCCUCCCAAACCCACUACUAUUGGAGCCACGGAAGCGGAAAUGCUUGGGCAUACCACCUCUCCAGACGGUGUCAGGCCUAACGACGCCAAUCAGCUACGCGCUUUCCUUGGUGGUCUGAGCUAUCACCGAAAGUUCCUCCCACAAAUGGCUACGCGUGUCCGCCCUCUGACCACCCUUCUCAAGAAGAACAUGCAGUUUGACCUCACGGAUUCCAUGGAAUCCGCCGUUCGGCAGCUCCUUGCCGAAUUAGUGACUCCGCCAGUUGUGGUGUAUCCAGACUUGGAUGCCGUCUCUGAUGGGUCGAGGCCCUUUCGCCUCUAUUGUGACGCGAGCCGCGAUGGGUUUGGUGGCACCCUUGAACAAGAGCAACCUGAUGGCUCUAUUCGGCCUAUCGUUUUCGUUAGACGAGCGACUUUGGAGUCUGAGCGCCGUUGGACUCCUCUCGAUCUUGAAGCUGGCAGCAUCAUUUGGUGCAUUAAACGUCUUCGUGGCUAUCUAUGGGGUACCCACUUCAAGAUUUUCACCGACCACCAGUCUCUCGAGCAUUUGGUGAAAGUUGGUGAGAACAACGCCCGCGUACAACGUUGGCUGGAGUUUCUUACCGCGUAUACGUACACUCUUGAGCCGCAAAGGUUCCGCGAAUGGUAA